AUGCAUCAAGGCCAACAUGUAUUACUUCUUCUUAAUAACUGCCCCAGUCACAUUUUAGCUAAACUUACUUUGCAAUAUACCAAAGUUUUGUUUUUGCCUCCAAAUAAUACUUUGAAAAUCCAACCAUUAAAUGCUGUUAGUGCUAAAACUAUUUACAAUUGUUGGUACCAUACAAAGAUUUUUCCAUAUGAUAUUAAUGCUGAAAGAAAUGCUUCAACAAGCACUUUGGCAAAUACUUUGGCAAAUACUUAUCAAAAAAAUUUAGCAUAUAAUGAUUUUGUAGGUGCACUGCAAGCUUUUAGACAUUUUUAUCUAAUAAGAGUUGAAGAAUUUCUUAACAUUCCUGAAGAAGAUAUAGUUUAUAAAACUUCAGAGGAUGAUUAA